AAGUCUUAUCGUGGGCACUAACCGAUCGCUGAAAAUGUGGACUGGCACACAUUUCCGACGUGUUAGCAAGUAAGCUAACGACCACUGCUUAAUAGAUCUAGAAUGUGCCAUGAGAUUGUGAAGCGGUGAGGUAGGAGUCCAUUACGUUCAUAUAGGAAGUGGUAUAAAGGGGGGAAAUGAUAAGAUACUUUGCAUUCUAUUUAUGGUUAUUUACGCACAAUUUUCGACGCUGUCGAAACAUUUUCUUGUCGGUCGACUUUUUUUGUAUUGCACUGCGCCUCUAUAUCCGACGUUACGGUAAAUAGCCCCUGUGCUUGGAUAGCCGAGCGGGCCUCAAACUAUGGCCUGCCCUCAGACAAACUGCUUUAACAAACAACUCGUAUAUCUUCAACAUUGCAUACGAGCCGUCCAAAAUAAAUAGUUUUUAGGCGAAAGGGCGAGGAUUUUAUCUUUAUUUGAGUCAAGUAAGCAGUAGCCUGGAUGAAUAAUGAGCGUUAGCUAUGGAUACUGGACCGCCGGAUAUACGGGUAACUGUCCCAGUUACCCGUAUAUCAUGCAUGGGGGCCAUGCAUGGUGGACGUAGCUCCCUCGUGAUGGUGUCAGAAGCUCAGGAAGAGGAUCUUCUGAGGAGAGACCUUCGCCUCAGGUGCCGGGUGUCGUCACGGAAACUCUGAGGAAGAAGUUUAAGAAGAAGCUGAAGACAAUCAUAGAUUCAUUGCUCAGGUCCACUGUGUCCGAGGUCACGAAUGCCUUUGACGUCUUCACAUUUGACCAUCAAAUGGUGGUGAAGCAGAAGAUAGAGGAAUGUUCCAUGCUGCGGUUAAAGCUGGAGCAGGCUGAGAACAAACUGAGAGAACAAAAUGGAACGUGGGGCAAAAUGGAAGACGAAACAUACACUGCCGGACCAAUCAUGCCCGAGUUAAAUGUCGAUGAACCCGACGACUGGUGUGCUCCCCUGGGCUGUGAGAACGUAGUGGACCCGGGGCCCUCCACCAGUCAUGGGCCCAGAGAGGACCGAAGCAGCUCUCUGUGCUCGUUGUCUGUGUCCCUGUGGCGCUUGCCAGUCAUCAAACAAGAGGUGGAGGAUGAUGCCUACCAGCUUGACGGACCUUUGAGUGGUGCAUUUUCAGAUGAAGGCCCACAAAAAAACCUUGAACACACCGAGGAUCAAAAGAUGCCUUUGUCGACCACAAAACAAAGCCGCCCACGUAGCAGUCAGGCAACUAGAAGUCGAAACGGAUCAAUCAAGAUGAAGACUGAACAGCCAAUGAAUCGCACAGAAAAGGUAAAGAUGGAGGUCCCAAACACAGAAAAGGCUAAAGGUAAGAAAAGAACCUUGCAAGCUAUUAAAUUGGAACCCGAGCCGAUGGAAGACAAAAGCGUGAACAAGAAGUACCGUUGCAAGUUCUGCGGCAAAUUCUUCGACACAGAGGUGGGCCGCAGUGUUCACCUGAGGAUCCAUAAGAAGUGUACCGGAUGCCAGAAGAUGUUCCGAUACCCAAGCCACCUUCAGUUACAUAAGAAGAAAUGUACAGGUGUCCAGGGAGAUACCGGUCUGGAUACCGCUCGGGAUACCGGUCUGGAUACCGCUCGGGAUACCGCUCGGGAUACCGCUCGGGAUACCGCUCGGGAUACCGCUCGGCAAACCGCUCGGGAAACCGCUCGGGAAACCGCUCGGGAAACCGCUCGGGAAACCGCUCGGCAAACCGCUCGGGAAACCGCUCGGCAAACCGCUCGGGAUACCGCUCGGGAUACCGCUCGGGAAACCGCUCGGGAAACCGCUCGGGAUACCGCUCGGGAAACCGCUCGGGCUACCGCUCGGGAAACCAGUCGGGAAACCAGUCGGGUAACCAAGAAAAGCAUAUGCCUCAGAAAAAGACGGAGGCUUUCACCCGGAGAGGACCCAUCCAUUUUGCUCGUUAAAACCCAGGAAGCCGACAGGAAAAAGAGGGCUCAGAAACGCUCCAAAGAGAGCGCUAGCCCUAGCACCAAAAGGGCCAAGUCGUUUCUCUGUACAAACUGUCACAAGAGCUUUUGUUCGAUUGUAUGGCUGAAAAACCACCUUUCAAAACAUUUACCUUGCCCCAAAUGCAAGCAGAUAUUCUGCUCGAGAUACUUUCUAAAAACACACAUUUACAAAGAUCACCCCAAAAAGCCUGAUAAAACGUUGGAGCCUUCUGAGGCUGUUCAUAGGGAAUUGGCUGCCAUUUCAUCCAAGGAAAAAUCUAGUGAAUUGGGUGCUGUUUCAUCCAAGACAACAGGUAGUGAAUUGGGUGCUGUUUCAUCCAAGACAACGGGUAGUGAAUUGGGUGCUGUUUCAUCCAAGGAAAAGCAUAGUGAAUUGGGCACUGUUUCAUCCAAGACAACAGGUAGUGAAUUGGGCACUGUUUCAUCCAAGACAACAGGUAGUGAAUUGGGUGCUGUUUCAUCCAAGACAACAGGUAGUGAAUUGGGUGCUGUUUCAUCCAAGGAAAAGCAUAGUGAAUUGGGUGCUGUUUCAUCCAAGACAACAGGUAGUGAAUUGGGUGCUGUUUCAUCCAAGACAACAGGUAGUGAAUUGGGUGCUGUUUCAUCCAAGGAAAAGCAUAGUGAAUUGGGCACUGUUUCAUCCAAGACAACAGGUAGUGAAUUGGGUGCUGUUUCAUCCAAGGAAAAGCAUAGUGAAUUGGGCACCGUUUCAUCCAAGACAACAGGUAGUGAAUUGGGUGCUGUUUCAUCCAAGGAAAAGCAUAGUGAAUUGGGCACUGUUUCAUCCAAGACAACGGGUAGUGAAUUGGGUGCUGUUUCAUCCAAGGAAAAGCAUAGUGAAUUGGGCACCGUUUCAUCCAAGACAACAGGUAGUGAAUUGGGUGCUGUUUCAUCCAAGGAAAAGCAUAGUGAAUUGGGCACUGUUUCAUCCAAGACAACAGUUAGUGAAUUGGGUGCUGUUUCAUCUAAGAUAAAGGGUAGUGAAUUGGGUUCUGUUUCAUCCAAGUUAAAACAUAGUGAGCUGGAUGCAGUUUCAUCCAAGUUAAAACAUAGUGAGUUGGGUGCUAUUUCAUCCAAAGAAAAACGUGAAUUGGGUGCCGUUUCAUCCAAAGAAAGAUCUAGGGAGUUGGGUGCCAUUUCAUCCAAGACCAAAUGUAGUGAAUUGGGUGCUUUCUCAUCCAAGCCAAAACAUACUGAAUUGGGUUCGGUUUCAUCCAAAGAAAAACAAAGUGAAUUGGGGGCCAUUUCUUCCAAGGUAAAUCAUAUUGAAUUUGGUGCGGUUUCAUCCGAGGUAAAACAUAUUGAAUUGGGUGCGGUUUCAUCCAAGGAAAAACGGGAAGUGGAUGCUGUUCCAUCCAAAGAAAGAUCUAGGGAGUUGGGUGCCGUUUCGUCCAAGACGGAAGGUACUGAAUUGGGUGCUUUUUCAUCCAAGGAAAGUUUGGGUGCCGUUUCACCCAAGGAAAAACAAUGUUGUGAAGAUGACAGUAAAAAUCUGUUUGGGUAAUGGUACUGUGUUAGUGGAGGGCAUACAGUAGUAGUUAUGAGUCUUUUGUGUACCGAGUUAAAUCCUCUGCCUGGGUAUCCACUGUGGUACUUCAGACAACUUAUUCUAUUAUUAUUUUAAGCACCAAUCCUCUAUGGUUCUUUUGGUUUUUGGAUUUGGAUGAUAAUGUUCAACAAAUGUAUGCUAAAUUCUCACCAUACGUCCAUUUUAAUUUUUAUGAGCACCCUGGGGUUUAAUUACGUUCAAUUAAAAUGCAAAGAGAAUCUGAGGAAGGUUUUCUUGAGUUUAUAAACGUGUUUAUAAGACUUAACUUGACAACAUUUCUUAGAAUCAACGUUCCUAAAUUUCCUCAAAUUUUGAGUAUAAUGAAUGCUUUUUAGAUGUUUUUGUUUUUAUUAAUACAAUUGUGACUGAAUGCUGUUUUUGAACAAGAGCUUUCUCUGUCUUUCUCUUCCUUUUCUCGUUCUAUAGUUUCUUCUAUAGCAGUGGGUUCUAAGUAUCCAUCCGAAAAUGUAAAAGAAAGUAUUAUUCCAAAAUGUUCAUUUUUUUUAAUUCUUUCUUUUUCUCCGUAUGCUUUAUUAAAGUGAUUUUACUUCCUUCAUGUAUUUUUCUUUUUCAACAAUUAUAUUAACCAGGGACCUAUAAUUCCAUACAAAUUAAAAGUUUUAAAUUGAA